CGCACGCCGGGAAGCGCCGCGCCAAGGUCAGAACGGGCCGCCGGCCAACCGCCCCCAGGCUGCAGCGGGCGGCGGAGGGGCACCGCACAUGGAGUACGACUGGGUCGGCUUCGGGUACGCGGCGCUGGUGGCCUCCGGGGGCAUCAUCGGCUACGCCAGGGCAGGCAGCGUCCCGUCCCUCGCUGCCGGCCUUCUGUUCGGUGGCCUGGCAGGGCUGGGUGCCUACCAGCAGUCCAGCGAGCCGAAGAACGUGUGGCUUUCUCUUGUGGCAUCUGGAACCUUGUCUGCUGUCAUGGGGAUGAGAUAUUACAACUCCAGAAAAGCAAUGCCUGGGCUCAUUGCUGGUGCCAGUUUACUGAUGGUUGGAAGACUCGUAUUGAAGAUGAUGGAAAAGCCACUUGAGCCAUAAGUGAACAUCACACCACUUGAAGAAGCCUGAAAAUGCCACUGCCUGAAUGCACUAUAUAAAAAAAUGUAACAGACA